AUGAGCAGUCCUUGCAUUGGAUGUAGCGAGAGGGACAGGCAAGCACUCCUUGCACUCAAACAAGGCCUCGUGGGUGACGACGGCGAUCGCCUCCUUUCAUGGGGAAGAGAAGCCCAAAACAAAAAUUGUUGCCAAUGGGAAGGAGUCUACUGUAGCAGCAACCAAACUGGCCAUGUUGUUAGGCUUGAUCUUGAAGACCAAUCUUUGCGAGGUAAGAUUAGUCCUGAACUCCUUGAGUUGCAACAUUUGGAAUAUUUGAGCCUUCGUUUCAAUAAUUUGAGUCGGAGCCAAAUUCCAGAUUUCAUUGGAUCUCUGAGCAAUUUAAGACACCUCGACCUCUCUUCUGCUAAUUUUGGAGGUCGAAUUCCAAACCAACUUGGAAACCUUACACACUUGCAAUAUCUCGAUCUCAGCUCUCCUGGCCUCCCUGAGAACUCUAUUCAUGCAAAAACCUCAAUUGGCUCCCUAGUCUUUCAGGUGUGA